CAAGUCGCUCACAGUGUUGAGCUUUCUUCGCUCUUGCACGCCUCCCGGUGCCUCGGUUCCUUCUUGACACUUCUCUGAAUCCGUUCUCCCUCGUUGAAAGUACUCAUUUGAUCCAGAAUGCGUCGCGUGGGCAUCGUGGGCGGCGGAGCGGCCGGCCUUUGCGCCGCCCGCCAUGUCCUGGCGUCGGGCAAGAUGACGCCGGUUGUAUGGGAGUCUUCGGCGGGCGUGGGCGGCACCUGGAGGUACAGCCCUGCCGUCGGGAGGGACGCCCACGGCAACCCCAUCCACUCCAGCAUGUACAAGAACCUCAGGACCAACCUGCCGAAGGAGGUGAUGGCCUUCCCGGACUUCCCCUUCCCCGAGGGCGGCGACUCCUUCGUGCACCACACCGUCGUGGCCAAGUACCUGCAAGACUACGCGGCCCACUUCGACGUCAAUCCCUGGGUCAAGGUUCGGUUCUUCAUGCAGGUGCUGACGGGGAAGCUGACGCUGCCGUCGGCGGCGGAGAUGAAGGCGGAGGUGGAGCGCGAGGUGGAGGAGCGGCUGUCGCAGGGCGUGGAGGCUCGCCACUUCCACAACAUGAGCGUCCUGCAGUGGGAAUACACGAGGAACAUGGCGGCGCUGGCGGGAAUCCACGCCACCAAUCCCGUCGUGGAGGCGCUGUUCACGGCGGUGAGGGAGAUGCGCAACAAGGCCCUCAUGACCUACAAGAAGAACAGGUACAGGGUCACCGGCAGCAGCUCCUUCGAGAGGCUGGCCUAG